AUGUGGCUGGCUCUUCUUUAUCUUACAUUCAGUGUUGCCACUGUGCUUGGAUCUACAGCAACUGGUAGCCACAUCCUGCAUGAACAGCGCGAUGUGUUGCCGGACCACUGGACCAAGCACUCCCGCCUGCAUGGCCACGAGAUCAUCCCUGUUAGAAUUGGAUUGACCCAGUCCAGUUUGGAUGCUGGCCAUGACUUGUUGAUGGAACUUUCGGACCCCAAAUCACCGCGGUACGGCAAGCACCUCUCGCAAGACGAAGUUCACGAUCUGUUUGCUCCAGCUGAGGAGAGCGUCGAGCAGGUUCGCGCUUGGCUGGAAUCCGAGGGUAUUGCCAGCACCCGUAUCUCGCAGUCGUUCAACAAACAGUGGCUGCAGUUUGAUGCAACGGCGGGCGAGCUGGAGAAGUUGCUGCGCGCUGAGUACUAUCUCCACUCGCAUGAACAAACCGGUCGAUCUCACAUCGCUUGUCGGGAAUACCAUGUUCCUCGAUCUCUCCAGUCGCACAUUGAUUACAUCACCCCAGGUAUCAAGCUUCUCGAGAUUAGCGGUUCCCAGUCGCGCAUGAAGAGAAGCUUGGACGAAAAGUGGAGCUUGCAGAAACGCAGUAUCAAUGACUUGUCCGCGAUCAUCCUUGGGACGGAUCCGCCUCUUACCGUAGCGCAAGUGUCGAAAACCCCGCUGGAAUUCUGUGACCAAGUUAUUACGCCCGCCUGUGUCCAAGUCAUGUACCAAAUCCCCCACGGCAACAGCGCAACCCCCGGCAACGAACUCGGAAUCUACUCGAGCAUAGACGAUGCUUAUAACCAGGAAGACCUCGACCUAUUUUUCUCUUCUGUUGAAAAACGCAUCCCAAACGGCACUCAUCCCACGGUAAACAGCAUCAAUGGCGGGAUUUCGCCAACUCCGUUCGUGAACGCGUCCGGUCCCGAAUCGACCCUCGAUCUGGAAAUGGCGUACCCCUUCCUCUACCCACAGAACGCCAUUAUCUUCCAGACAGACGAUCCGAAGUGGUUUGAGAACGGCAGCGCCGAUCAGUACCCCGGCAUGUUCAACAACUUCCUCGACGCCAUCGACGGCUCCUACUGCAACCCAGCGGAAGAGGAUCUGGACCUCCCCUACCCAAACCCUGCUCCCGGUGGCUACAAAGGCGAGAAGCAGUGUGGUGUGUACAAGCCCACAAACGUCAUUUCGCUCUCGUGGGGCAACGCAGAGUCCAUAUUCCCCGUCCGAUAUCUCCGCCGCCAGUGCCACGAAUGGAUGAAGCUCGGGCUCCAAGGCGUCUCAGUCGUGAGCGCAUCUUCAGACGACGGCGUGCAAGGCCAGGGCUGUGAUGGCAAAGAUGGUAAAGUCUUCGGGUCCGUCUACACGCCUUCCUGCCCGUACAUCACCGUCGUAGGCGGCACAUACCUCCCCCGCGGCGCGAAUCCGCACAAAGGCGAAGAAGUCGCCGUCGAUCCCGCCGUCACCGUGGGCAAUUGGUCCUCCGGCUCGGGAUUCAGCAAUGUCUUCGAACGCCCGAGCUACCAGUACCUCGCGGUGGAAGACUACUUCUCGCGCGCCAACCUGACAUACCCAUACUACGAGAGCUACAACAACGACAGCUUCGCGAAGAACGGCGGGAUCUAUAACCGCGUGGGUCGCGCCUAUCCCGACGUUUCGACCGUAGGCUGGAACAAUUUCGCGUAUAUCAGGGGGAUGCCGGCUGUUGGCGGCGGGACCUCAGCGAGCGCGCCGAUCUUCGCGGCCAUGCUUACCCGGAUUAAUGAGGAGCGGCUUAAGGCUGGAUUGCCGACUGUGGGUUUCGUCAACCCUGUGCUUUAUGCCCAUCCUGAGGUGUUUCGUGAUGUUACGGUUGGUAAGGCGCCUGGGUGUGGGACCGAUGGGUUUCCGGCGACGGAGGGCUGGGAUCCGGUUACUGGGCUCGGAACCCCGAUUUAUCCUAAGCUUUUGGAGGUGCUUAUGGAUGUUUGA